CGCUGAGUGCACCAUGUCAUGUUCAAUCCGCACAACAUAACCCGCAUUCAAACAUUCAAAAGGUUACCCGUCAUAACGGCUGGGAUGAGGACACCCGUACGAAACAAAUCAACAGAUUUGACGAAUCGAAGACAAAUCAUACAAGGAUUCACAAGAUGAAACCAUCAAGAAGACGGUUCCAAGAGGCCUGGUCAAUUCCGAUCGACGGAGACGGUCCAAACGGCCCACACGUGGCUAACGUAAUUAGUCAUCGCUCCAGAAAGUACAAUCGAAAAUCGCCAACAAUGCCAUCCAUUGUUGACCAACCGUUCAACCGCGACAAUCGAGGUAACCAGGCAGUCUGGGCGCGAACCAACGACCAGACAAGCCCUGAGAAGAGAGGGCUAGGGCUUGAGUCACCUGUGGUGGAGUGUGGAGAGGAUUCCAUGACCCUGACAGUCAGAGGAGGCAGAACCUCACUCAAGGUAGAGAGAGCCAACACAUCAGGCUUACCUCUCUCCCGGCUGCCUCCUCAGUGUGGUUACUCGGUGAAGACCAACUCAAGGGACCUGAGUUUCGACGUGCCAUACAACGCCUGCCACGUCCAACAAGAGGACGGGAGGCAUGUUCUUCCCCUUAUCUGGAGGGGCAUCCCAGUGGAAAUGUCCUGCCCGGUCUCGGAGACCCAAACUCAGCCCCGCAAGCGGCCGUCUCCCACCCUGGCCCAUGUGCUCCAGUUCCUCAAGUCCUCAGUCUGCUGCACCUCCAAUGGGUUGACCUUUAUCCUCCCUGAACAAGGGGCAACAGCCGAGCUACAAGUCAAGGUGAGAGGGGAAUGGCGCCCUCUGCUGCCUCUGGCCUGGCAGUGCGGCUACAGUCUCAACAGACAGCAUGGAGGAGAGAUGUUAGUGUCUGCUAGCUACACCGCCUGUGGUGUCCUAACCAAGGACGGCCAGCACACCCUGGCCCUUCGGAUCGAAGAAGAGGUGGUGACCCUGGUCUGUCCUGCUGGUCUCUCAGACGAGGCACCUGCCAUCCCUGUUCGCCAACACCCAACCAUGGGGUCGUCCAGCCCGUCCUCAGAGACAUGGGUAGCCAAGGUCCAACCUUUCUACACCCACACCUCCAGCACUCCUCCCUGGCCCCGCACCUCUGGAAGUCCUCCCACUUCUGCCAGGUUCUCAGUCCACUUCUCUGCUGCCAUCCACCCUCAUCCCCACCCCCACAUCUAUCACUACCACCGUCAACAUCAAAACCCCCUCAGUGAGUCCUACUGGGCCCCCUACCCCACCAACGACCCCCUCCUGCACCCUAGACCCACCGUGGGUCCAGCCGGGUCAGAACCUGGGUUAAAGCCGCCCACCACUUCUCCUCCUACCCCUAGUGGAGACUCCUACACUGAGGCCCACACCACACAGACGUCCACCUCCAUCCUGCACUCCUUCGAGCCAGUUCAUCCCCGGUCCGCUCCCCUCCAGACCUCUGACAUGGAGCUUCACCCUUACUAUCACUUUUACCAUCACCCCAAAAUCCCUGUCCCAUUCCCAGAGCCAGACCCUAACCCAGCUGAGGAACCCAGAACCGGAAAACAGACCGUCCCCAGUAAAAGAGCAGUGUGGGUCGAUCCGCCUGCCCCCAUCUCCAGCCCACCUACCUCCCGGACCAGGACCAUCUCCUACCCCAUCGUGCCUUGGCCCCGCCCCAAGACGGGUCGGUUUGUCCCACUGCCUUCCCCCCGGCUCAACUAUCCCCCCAGAGCAGACUUGCACAGCCUCUCCCGCCCCCCGGGCAAACAGAUUGAGGAAUCGGCCCCUGCAGACGCGGGCUAUGAGUCACACCCAAGAGGCCGCAUCAGAUGGUUGCCAUGGUUGCUUGAUCCUCGAGCCGGUCCGGCCCCCUCAUUUCCCCCCUCGUCUGAUCCUCCUCAAAUCCUGAAUCUGAAUCCAAAAACUGGAACCCCUCCUCUCCCCUCUCCAUCCCAACCCCUUGUUCCUCUAUAUCACACCCCUCCUCCUCCCAACUACCUGGAUUCCCCUCUCUCCAAAUCAGCUUCAAGGAACACCCCCCAGCAGGACACGAACCCUGCGACACCCCCCCCUGCUCCCUCACCUGACCCCCUGCCUCCCCCCUUCAUCUACAUCUACCACCCCUACUACUACCAGGACGGUAAUCCUUACAGGACACCUCUACCUGAUGACAUUCUCCCUCCUCCAUCUACAACACCGGGGACAACUCCAUCUCAGAGCCCCGUUCCUACUGUUACCAUGGCACCCCGUCACCAUUCAGUCUCCGCCCGAUCCCACCAUAAAUCCAAAAUGGCGUCCGGUGAAUCUCGUAUUCCUCCAAGGGUUGGUCCUCUACCUAACAAACAUCUGCCCAUGGAAUCUCCAUUAGUUCCUGACAUCCCACCUGAUCAUCCUCUGUACCCAUACUACUACUACUACUACCACCAGUACUACCAGCCCAGUGAACCUACACCGGACCAGGACCGGGGCAGUACACCGAUGCCAGUGCUGGAGCUCUCUAAACCCCCCCUGGUUCUUGACCAACUGGUCACCCCUCCCUCAGGUCCGAGCCUUGAAGGCAUGUUGUAUUCUCAGCCCAGCCCUCCCAUGUCUCAACAGCAGCAGGACAAUCUUCACCCAAAGUUCCUAGGCGAUGAGAAGGUUACUGAAAAGACAGAUUUCAGUUCCGUGUCUGACACCCAGACUCCCUGUGGCCUUGGCUCCAUCUGCAGUGGCCCCGUAGGGUCUUACACUGUCAAAGGGUGUACAGCAGGACGUCACUUUGUCUUUGUGGUGCCUAGUACCCUGGUGGAGUCCACUGUGUCCCCUCCCCUGUCCCUGAAGGCCAGUAACGUGUCGUGCACCCCCCAGAGGUUGAUGCGCACUGACUCCACCCUCUCUGACGUCUACACUGUACCCCUCCACGGCUGUGGAGUCCAGAAAUAUGAGGCAGGGCAGACGGUCGUCCACCUGUUGGAGGUCAGAGGUUUCCAGGCUCCGCCCACUGAGGCUGGCGGCACACACCAGGACGCUCCUAUCAGGCUGAUGGUGGAGUGUAUGGGCUCUCCCGGGAUGCCAGGGAAGAUCACCAUCAGGAGGAUGAGCCCGUCUCCGUCUCCUCCAGUCCAGACGCCGGGCAGGGCUGCCUCUAGCUCCAUGGCUGUCCAGCUGCGCAUCGCCACAGAUGAGCAGUAUAACCACUUCCUCCCAGAGCCCCACCUCCCCCUGGCUCUGCUCCUGGGCCGGCCCCUGUACCUGGAGCUGGUCCUGCUGAACCCCCCCGAGCCUGGCUCAGUGCUGCUCGUCCACCACUGCCUGGCCUACACACAGUCUCCUCACACCGGCUGGAUGCUCGUCUACGACGGCUGUCCCAGAGACGGAGCACUCCCGGCCUCUCCCCCAAGUGACACCCGGAGGCUCACAGUCACCGCCUUCCAGGCCCUGUCCACACAGAGACCCCUCCCCCUCCAGACAGGAAGUACUACCCCCCACCCAGAGAACCCAGAGGUGCACUUCCUGUGCUCCACCGAGGUGUGUUCCCCCACAGACAGGGACUGCUCUGUGGGCUGCAUCACUGUCAGGUAUGUGGAACAUGGAUUCUUUUAGGUGGCGUUGCAACUGAUACUGGAAUUUAACGCCAUUUAUUGAUAAGCAUAUACUGAGUGGAGGAAACCAUGUGACCACCUGACUUGUAUGGUUAUUGCUUUGUUCCAUUCUGAGCCCUCUCUGUUACCUGGAUUUCAAAAAAGCUUUUAUACGUUACAGAUGGUAAAGGAUCUCAAAAGUUUGAAUAACAAGUAUGUAACUUGACAAGGGCCCAGUAAUCUCCCUCCGGUUAUGAAAUGGCACCACCUGGUGGAUGCAGUGAAUUGUUGACCCCUGGCCUAUACAGUACAUGCCAAUGUAAUUUUAGAUGUGAUUGAGAUCAUUUUACUUACAGAGAUGUCAAGGAUGUAGAAGGCCUGUUACACAGACUGUCAGGGUACAGUAAGCUUAGAACCCCCUCAGAUAAAUUCAGUGAAACGUGGAAUAUUCAAAAACCUUCCACGGGUACCUCACACUACUGAGCAUGUUUACUGUCCAUCUCUUGAGGCUUAAUGUGGUAAUGCUGCCAUGUGUAAUUUUGUUUUCUAGGACCAAAGCUGAAUCGUUGAGCUGAAUAAACAGUAUAUUGACAAUGUGUUAAUGUGUUUUUACUGAAAUAUUCAGUCAAGAAAUGAAGCUGGGGCUUGUGAAAAAGUAAAUAUUUAUUUUUAACAGACUAUGCAUCAGACUCAGUAGUACAAUGCAUACAGUAGAACUACCUACAACAGUGUAAAAACAAGCUUUAGAACAUGAAAUUCUACUAGACACUUGGAACUUCCUUUGGGAAAUGUGGGAAAGAGAUUCUCUGGAACAGAGGCCCUUGGGUUCCCUUUGGGUUCUGUAAUGUGAGACUAGGCGUGUGUGGAAGAGUAUACAGUCAGAUG